CUCUCGCCAGACGUCUGGUCAGCUGACUUUCACUGGAGCAGCUGUGUGCAGUCACUCUCUGUCUAUCGCACAUUCUCAUAAAGCACAACCAACAUAGGCGAUAGGGAGCAGAAAACCCCUGAUCAGCUCAGGACAUUAUCUAUCCAUCUGGGCGUGCUGCGUUAGGAAACACGGCAUGGCCAUGGACCGUACGCCAUUGCUGCUGAUAAUGCUGACGACUUUGUCGUUCGCCAUCGAGGUGCCAUCCGAUGACUCAUUGGGCUUGUUGGCGGACCCCCAGGUGGCCAUGUUCUGUGGGAAGCUCAACAUGCAUAUCAACGUCCAGAGUGGCAAGUGGGAGCCAGAUCCAACUGGCACCAAGAGCUGCAUCGGCACCAAAGAGGGCAUCCUUCAGUACUGCCAAGAGGUCUACCCAGACCUGCAGAUUACUAACGUAGUGGAGGCCAACCAGCCUGUCAGCAUCCAGAACUGGUGCAAAAUGGGUCGCCCCCAAUGCCACAGUCACACACACAUUGUGGUUCCCUACCGCUGUCUGGUUGGGGAGUUUGUGAGCGAUGCCCUGCUCGUCCCAGAUAAGUGUAAGUUCCUGCACCAGGAGCGAAUGGACAUGUGUGAGAGUCAUCUGCAUUGGCACACAGUGGCCAAAGAGUCCUGCAGUGACCACUCCAUGAAUCUCCACGAGUAUGGAAUGCUGCUGCCUUGUGGCAUCGACCGUUUCCGUGGUGUAGAGUUUGUCUGCUGCCCUGUGGAGGAGCAGAAAGAGUUGGACAGCAAGGAGCAGGAGGAGGCCAAUUCAGAUGUGUGGUGGGGUGGUGCAGAGGCCGAAUAUACUGACAGCAGCAUGCUGAGAGAACAGGUUACAACCAAACCUGAGCCUGCCGUGACCGAGGACGAUGAGGAUAUGAAUAAUGAGGAAGAGGAGGUCUGGGACAAUGAUGAGGAUGGUGAUGGUGAAGAUGAUGAAGAUGAUGAGGAUGAUGAUGAAGACACCACUGAAGAACAGGAUGCCAGUGAGCAGACCUUCAAUGUAGCCAUGACAACCACCACCACUACCACCACAGAGUCUAUAGAGGAGGUUGUGCGAGUGGUGUGCUGGGCCCCUGCUCGGACGGGGCCAUGCCGUGCUAUGCUGCCCCGCUGGUAUUUUGUGGCUGAGAUGGGCCGAUGCGCCCCCUUCAUCUUCGGGGGCUGCGGGGGCAACCGUAAUAACUUUGAAUCAGAGGAGUACUGCAUGGCUGUCUGCAGCAGCAGUGUGUUGCCCACCAUGGCCCCGAGCCCUGCUGAUGCUGUGGAUCGUUACCUGGAAGCUCCAGGAGAUGUGAAUGAGCACACCCGCUUCCAGAAGGCCAAGGAGAGCCUGGAGGCCAAACACCGAGAGAAAAUGUCAGAGGUGAUGAGAGAAUGGGAGGAGGCAGAGAGACAAGCUAAGAAUCUUCCUCGUGCUGAUAAGAAGACCAUCAUUCAGCGCUUCCAGGAGAGGGUGGAAUCAUUGGAGAAGGAGGCGGCUGGUGAGAGACAGCAGCUGGUGGAGACUCACAUGGCUCGAGUGGAAGCUCUGCUUAAUGACCGUCGCCGCCAGGCCCUGGAAAGCUACCUGAGCGCCCUGCAGUCUGACCAGCCACGACCUCGGCAGGUCCUUAAUCUGUUGAAGAAAUACAUUCGUGCUGAACAGAAAGACAGACAACACACUCUCAAACACUUUGAGCAUGUGCGCGAGGUGGAUCCCAAGAAGGCAUCCCAGAUUCGACCAUUUGUGAUGACCCACCUGCGUGUGAUUGAAGAACGUAUGAACCAAUCCUUGGGCUACCUCUACAAGGUUCCACAUGUGGCUACUGAAAUCCAGGACCAAGUGGCAAUGCUGAUGCAGCGUGACCAGGCAGAGGUCACUCAACAGCUGUCCUCUCUCCAGAGUAAGAUGAGGGUGAGCUAUGGGAAUGACGCCCUUAUGCCGGACCUGCCUGACAGCACCACUCCCCUGGACACCCUUCCUCCAGAGGAGGACAGUCUGGGCUUCAUCCACCCUGAAAGUUUCAACCAGGCUAACACUGACAAACAUGUUGAACCUGUAGAUGCCCGUCCAAUUCCAGAUAGGGGUCUGCCCACAAGGCCUGAAAUUCCAAAGGUUCGGCUGGACAUUGAGGAAAGGCAUAAUGCAGGUUAUGAUGUCCGUGACAAGAGACUGAUGUUCCUUGCAGAAGACAUGGGCUCCAAUAAGGGAGCUAUCAUUGGGCUAAUGGUGGGUGGAGUUGUCAUCGCUACUGUCAUUGUAAUCACACUUGUUAUGCUAAGGAAGAAGCAGUAUACUUCAAUCCACCAUGGAGUCAUUGAGGUGGACGCUGCAGUGACCCCAGAGGAACGCCAUCUCACUAAGAUGCAGCAGAACGGCUACGAGAACCCCACCUACAAGUUCUUUGAGCAAAUGCAUAACUAAAGAACAACUGCAGAACCCUGCACUCCCCCACCCCACCACCAUCAGCCCACUGCAUCAGGACAGAGAGCACAGACUGAUGCCUCAUAUACACUAUAUAGUCAGCUCUGUCACUGUGAAGAUGGCUUCCAUCACAUGACCAUUCCAUCCAACUGAUCGAGAAAAGAGAUUCAUUAUUGUUGCCAAUUCAGCCAUCUGUCAGUCAGAUGGUCCAUCUGUGUGCUCCAGUGCCCUUGCACCUGUCCAUCACAGUACUGUGCGGUGAAUGAAGUGUCCUCUGCUCUGUUCUCUUGGCCUAUACUUUCCUUCUAACCUAGCCAGAGUCCUUGUCUUCUCGCCUCCAUCCAUUUUUUCCCCUCCUCUUUUGGCUCUAUUUUUGUUGCCCUUGUGAAACUUCUAUAAAGAUGACCCAAAAAUGUAUAUUCCAUCACCAAUUACUCCCCCUUAUGUUCUAGUAAUUUUGUAUGACUUUGCCAUCACAAAAGGAAAGGUUAAGCAGCAUCACCAUUUACUACCUUUGCAUGGAAAAAAUAAUGCAAUGAAAGUGAAUGGUGACUGAGGUUGUCCUUAACUGUAUCCCUAUUGUGUUCCUUGGAAGAAAGUCAUACAGGUUUGGAACAACAUGAGUAAAUGAUUUUAAGCACUUAUAUUUCCUAUACUUUUUGAGUUAAUAUUCAUUUAAAAUUUACAUUUCAGGAUUGUGUCAUUCCACUUUUUCUUUGGGGAUAAAAAAAAAUAAAAAUAAAGCUUUUAAAAACUGUAAAAAGCAUAACAUUUAAAGAUAUAAGAAAGGAAUGUUUUUAUUUUGUUUGUAAUAUGUAUUGAAAUAAGGCAGAAACUAGCUGUAUCUAUAUAGUGCAUGGCAAUUAUAACAGAGAGAAGGUUCUCUAUCCAGACACAGACUUCAACCUCUCUCUCAUGUAGAGAUUUAGCUGGAUUGUACAUUUUAGUGUCUUGUGAUCACAUUUUAAAUAAGUGAAAAAACUGCUUGGCUUCAUCAUCACAGAGACAUGAUUUAAAAGAAGUGUGUACUUUUUCUUUUGGACCAUGCCACACACACUUGAAUGAUUGCAUGGGUCUGGAAAAGAUGUAAUGUAUUCUGGAGUGUAAUAUUAGUCCAUGUUUUGUUAACGCCCUACGCACUCUGCAUUUAUUUAAAGGGUCUGCACCCCUUUGUCUUAUAAAAGUUUUAUUCCAUGUCGGGAUUUGGUAUGGGACUGGGAUUAGGGAAGGGAGAUGUGUAGUGGUGGGAUUUUGCUUAGAAAUAUCCACCAUUUAGGAGUGAGUAAUUUUUGUCCCACUUUCCCCUUUGUCUUCCCUAGUGUCUGUGAUAUUCACGAACACAUUUUGGGACAGAAAACACCUCACCGUUUCCCCUUUUUUAUUGUUUCACUUAAGUAUCUCAGCACCUUACAAGCCAGAGCAGAUGACCCAUAGGAAGGAUGAAAAAUAAUAAUGCAAAUCUGCCAUGCAAUCUUUCGAAAAUAUCUCCUAAUGAUUUACUUUGAAAGUGGCAUGAAUUAAGUAAUUAGAAAAGAUGAUUUAAGGAAAAUGUGUCAACUGUUGUAUACUUCAUUUUAUGUGAUAGCCAUCAAAUGAUUCAAACAUUGCUCAUGACUUUCCUGUAUAGAAUUACCUUUGCUCUAAAAUCUGGUGUUGUGCUGAUUUGUGGAUACUCUUAAGGAUGUGUCUGUGGUCAGUAGGGAACAGAGAAAGCUGUUUCUGUGAACUUUUCCUUAAGUGUCUGUUCAAAGCAUUGGCUUAGAAGGGGGAAAGCUUUCUACACUGUAACCCAUAAAUAAAGUUUUGAAUGUACAUACAAACAC